AUGGCCACAGCGUACGCUGCACUGAGUGGCGGCGCGAGCUCAGUCGUCGUCGUCGAAGCCGGUCGGGUGGCCAGCGGCGCGUCCGGCCGGAAUGGCGGCCAGCUCUGGCCCUCGUUCCGGGUCCCGCACGACAUCGUGUCGCCUGACGAGCUGCCAGACAACUUGGUUGCUGCCUUUGACUUUGAUUAUGCAUGUCUCCGCGACAUUGCCGACUUUGCCGCUCGCACCGUCGGCGCUGAGGCGAUCGGCCUCGAGCUCGGUGGCGGGCUAGGCGUCGAGAUCAUUCCAGAUCCGCUGUGCUGGUCCGACAUGGAGACUGCCAUAGUCCCUGUCCUACAAGCGCUCCACACCUCCUCGCUGAACUCGGCAGCGCUAGGCGCGAACAACAAGCCGAUGGCCAUGGACUCCCUCUCCCACUCGGCCGCAUCACACUUUGGCAACGCCGGCGGUGUGGUGGCCGAGCCCGAGUGCGGGACCAUCGACCCGGUCGCGUUCUGCUUUGCGGUGGCCGACGCGGCAGCGGCAGCGGCUGAGGCCCGUGGCUCGGUCUUUGCCAUCGCCGAGGAGACAACGGCUCUCCGGCUCGAGGCCGCGCCCGCCGGCUGCGUCCGAGUCGUCCUGGCCGACGGCUCGGCCGUGAUCGCGACCACGGUUGUGCUUGCCGUCAAUGGCUACCAUCUGGUCCCCGACUUGUUCCCGCCGUGGCUGGCAGAGUGUGGCGAGCUGGUGUGGACGACGCCGCGCGAGCUGGUCGCGGCGUAUCCUGUUCCAAGCGCGCCCGCCGCCAUGGCCGCCAUGCGCGACGCGCUCGGCUCGCCGGACCCAUUCCUCAUCUCUCUCCCGGACGAAGUCUAUGGCCGGCAGGCCUACGAUUCGAUCGUUUUCGGCUCGUCGGUCCAGCUCCCGGCUGGCGGUUCCGACUCGGACCCGGAUGCAAUCGCCGUCGGCGACGAGCUCGCCUCGCUCGUCGGCGAGCUAUGUGCGCCUGACGAGCCGCUCCCCCCACCGACGCGCAUCUGGUCCGGCCGCCUCGCCUACACCGCUGACAACCUCCCGCUCAUCGGCCCGGUCACCGCGCCCGGCUCCACCUACGUCGCCGAUGGCCUCGCAGCAGACUCGCCCGUCUUCCUCGUCGGCGGCUACUCGGGCAAUGGCAUGACCAAAGCACUCCGCGCCGGCUACUGCGCCGGCAAGUGGGCAUGUGCCCGCCUCAACCUCGAUCCUGCAACCCUCCCACCGUGGAUGGCCGGCGUCGCCAUCCCCGCUGCCUUUGACCCCAUGCGCUUUUCCCCGUACCAGUGA